AUGUCGGAAAAGGCCGCUGUUUAUCCCCACCACAGGAAGGUUGGACCCUGUCUAACCCGACCUCCCUAUAGAGAUGGCAAGCGCAAACGAGCAGUAAAGGUGAGGAGUUCCCAACUCACGACUAAUCUUCAGGUAUAUACUAUCGCUGACGAAUCCCAAUACCUACUGUUUUUUGGUGUUCCUUCGCUCGACCUGAUGAACGCCUUAAAAAACCGCAUUGAACAGACUGUUCCCUUGGUUUCGAUUCGUGAGGUGAACUACCCGGAGUCAGAGGAGUUUACGACGACGUAUCUGGUGAAAUUUGAUUGCGUGAAUUCCGCCAGACGGGUCAGAAGGCGCCUAGAUGAUGCCUCCUUCUACGGCGGAUUCCUUCACAUCGUCUACGCACCGGAAUACGAGUCUGUUGCUGAGUGCCGCGUCAAGCUGCAUUCUCAUCGCAGGUUCAACGAAAUCGUUUUGAACAAAGAAGCUGCGGCCAAGUUACGGGAACUGGGCGAGCACCAACAGGGCCCGUUGGAAUCGGAGAAGCCAGGAGGCAGUGCAGAAGAGCAUGACGAGCCCGCCCUACCUCCUGCACCCUCACCUUGCCCACCAAGACCUCCCCAAAUUGGACCCGUGGCCCCACCCAGUCACUCGACCACCUUCCCAAAUCCCUACGCCCGGUCUGUGCUGUCGGCGUCGUCGCAGCGGGGAGACUCGCGACAAUCAGGUGAUGCCCUCGAGGACGCAAGGCUCUACUGGGCCUCGAGAGGUCUCGACGUGCCCCUCCCCACCAACACCUCACACCGCAAUCCACCACCAGCUGCGCCAACACACUCGCCUCGCUCCCAGCCGCAAAGCAACUCGGACCCCGGUGUUGAUGACAUCAAGAUAAGACCGGCAGUACUCCUGUUCUCCCACCUCCCCCCCCUCCUCCUCUACCACAUCUUGCAUCUCCGUUCUCGUCCAGGUGGUGUUUAUGCUCGAGAUGUGUAUUUGGUGGAGGAACAUCAAAGGUGUAAUUUGCCACGACAAGGUCCGACCUCAUGUUGCUCGUGCGACUCAGCAGACCCUCUUGAACUUGGGAUAGAAAGUUCUCCCACACGCGGCAUAUUCACCAGACUUCACCCCAUCCAACUGCAGCAUGCUUUGGUAACUAAACAGUACAAAACGAUGGAUGAAAUGCGCAAAUUCUUCGAUGUUAUUAUUGCCUCGAUGCCUACAAGUUUCUUUCGCAACGGCAUUCGUACGUUAUGUGAGAAACGGCCCAAGUUCACAGAAAGCGAUAGACAAUAUUUCCAAGAUCUAGGUGUUAAACCACCACCACCACCACCACCACCACCACCACCACCACCACCACCACCACCACCACCACCACCACCACCA